AUAAUUGGUACAUUGAUAAUAGAGGUUUAAGACUCCAUAAUCAUUACAAAUUUUUAUAUUAAAAAGUCAUUGGCUAUGCUUCACCCUUUCAAUCUCAUUCCCAUUUAAUUGACUCACUUUUUCGUCUUACCAUUACAAAAAUAGAAGCAAAAGCAAAGCUCCCUCAGUUUAUUUUGUUCUCUUUUUCCUCAAUCUCACAAUCAAUACACUUUCAUGGCGUCUUCUUCAUCUUCUCCUCGUCAAGUGAAACAUCAAGUUUUCUUGAGCUUCAGAGGUGAAGACACGCGCGUUAACUUCACCGCUCAUCUACUCCAAGCUUUGAAAGACAAGGGAUGGAAUGUCUUCUUCGAUGACGAUACACUAAAGAAAGGGGAGAAAAUUUCAUCAGCACUUUCGAAUGCAAUUGUGGCCUCAGUUCUCUCGAUCAUCAUUUUAUCUAAAGACUAUGCUUCUUCAAAUUCAUGCUUAAGUGAACUUUCUGACAUCAUGGACCGCAAGCGCAAUCCUACUGACAAAUAUAUUGUUCUUCCCAUCUUUUACCAUGUUAAUCCUUCCCAUGUGCAAAAAAUUGGUGGGACUUUUAAGACAUCCUUCCAAAAGCAUGAAUCAAAGCAGCCAGCUGAUAGAGUUCAACGAUGGAAAUCUGCUUUUCAAGAGGUCGGUGCAUUAAAAGGGUGGCAUAUAGGAGGCAAAUCCGAUAGAUAUGAAACAGAGUACAUUAAAGAUGUAGUUGAAUAUAUUUCAAAAGAGUUGGAUAGCAAUUGUACAAGUGUUUCUGAAGAAUUGGUUGGAAUAGAUGAUCAAAAAAAGAUAAUUUUGGGGCUGAUUGAGGAAGAGCAUAGCCGUGUAAUAGGACUUUGGGGAAUGGGUGGUAUUGGCAAAACUACCCUUGCUGAUGUUGUGUAUAGUGAAAUCUGCCAAAAUUUUGAAAGUCAUUUGUUUCUGCGAAAUGUUAGUGAGAAAAUAAAAAAUGUAGGGAAUGAAUCUUUACGAAAUGAACUUUUUUCCAAAUUAUUAAACCAAAAAGGAAUUUGUAUUAACAGCCCUUCCAUAGGACACCCUUACCAAGACAGGUUGAACAAUAAAAAAGUACUUGUUGUCCUUGAUGAUGUUAGUAACCCAGACCAAAUAGAAUUUAUGGGUGUUAGACAUUUUGGUCCAGAAAGUAAAAUCAUUGUAACAUCUAGAGAUAAACAGGUACUUAAAAAUGGAAGAGCUAACCACAUACAUGAGGUGAAGAAGUUGAAUGAGAAUGAUUCUCUUCAACUUUUUUCUACAUUUGCAUUUAAGUUGUUGAAUCCCGCAGCUGAUUUUCAAGAUCUAUCAUGCAAGUUUGUAGGAUAUGCCCAAGGUAAUCCACUUUCUCUUAAAGUUUUGGGUUCAAAACUAUAUACAAAGUCUAGAAAAGAGUGGGAGAGCGAAGUGGAUAGUCUAAAGCAAUAUGCCGAGCCAAAAAUGUCACAUAUUUUGAAGAGUAGCUUAGAUGGGUUGCGUGAGCUCGAAAAGAAUAUAUUUCUUGACAUAGCAUGCUUCUUUAAAGGAGAAAAAAUGGAUACCGUAGAAAAAAUUCUAAGUAAUUAUUAUAUGGGUGCAAUGAGUGGAAUAAGAAACUUAGUCGACAAGUGCUUACUUGAUAGCAUUGAUUGUUAUUCUAUGCAUGACAUGCUUGAAGAAAUUGGCAAGGACAUUGUUCGCCAAGAAUGUAAAGAAGACCCGGGAAAGCGUAGCAGGUUAUGGUUUCCUGAAGACGUAGAUCAAGUUCUCAGAUAUAAUAAAGUAAGCGUUAAUUGUAUAUACAUCGUUUUCUAUUAUUUUCUAUAUUUGUUUUAUGGGACCAUAUCAAUUGAAGGAAUAAAAUUAGACAUGUUUCAAACGGAUGAGCUGCAGUUAUGUCCAUCUGUUUUUGAGAACAUGCUUAAUCUUAAAUAUAUUUGCUUCUAUGAUUCAAAGAUUGAGAAGGGCUAUCGAAAUUUGAAGUUUCUUGUAGACCAAGUUGAUAGUAUAUCUCUUCCUAAUAAGCUAAGGUAUCUUUGUUGGGAUUAUUUUCCCCUUAAAACUUUAUCAAGUUUUAAUCCAAAGCAUCUUGUCAUGUUGAUAUUACGAAGAGGCAAUAUGGAACAACUUUGGAAUGAAAAUGAGCAUAUGAACCUUGUUAAUUUAAGGGAAAUUAACGUCUCAAAUUGCAAAAAAUUAAGGAAGAUACCUAAUCUUUCAAGUGCCAUCAACCUUGAACUCCUUGAUUGCUCUUACUGUGGAAGUUUGGUUGAACUUCCUUGCCUCAAUCAUUUGGCAUCUCGUGAUGAGGAUAAGCUUCGCCUUGAGGGAUGUUAUAGUCUCAAGAAGUUUCCUCAGGUCCCAAGUCACUUUUGUUAUUUAGAUUUACGAGAAACUGAAAUAGAAGAAGUACCUGAUUCAAUUAAGUAUCUCCACAAACUUGAAAGAUUGUUGUUGAGCAAAUCAAAGGUAGAAAAAGUAUCGAUCAAUAUUUCAAAGUUGGAACUCCUUAUUGAAUUGAAUCUUAGUGAAUGCCCAAUGGUCGAAUUCCCAAAGAUCCCGAGAAGCUUAACAUGGUUAGACUUAUCUGGAACUGGAAUUGAAGAAGCUGCCUUGUCGUUAGACUCUUCAAGUAAUCUUCAAUACUUAAAUAUGAGCGGCUCAAAUAUUCAAAAGCUAAUUUGCACCCUGUUCGGUUCCAGAGAGUUUCCAACUGUCGAUUUGCCCACACCAAGCUUGAGGUCUAAAAUCCUUAACCAUAUGAGGAUGGAUCGUUGCGAGAGCCUCCAAUUACUCUCAGAGCUUCCACCAUAUAUGCAAACCUUGAAUGUACAAUACUGCACAUCAUUAGAAGAAGUUUCCUUUGCAGAUCAAACUUUAUAUCAGUUUGAUUCGUUAGGUGAUGAUUUGUUUGGCAUGCUAUUCUGUAAUUGCAUCAACUUGAAUCAAGAGUCAAUUGAUAACAUUGAGGAAAAUGCCAUGCUCAAAAUUGGAUCCCUAGCUAAGAAAUGGGCAGCGAGAUAUGAUUGGAAAUUCCAGCGAGAAGACUUACCAAGAUUGAUUUGUUGUUUCCCAGGUAACAAAAUUUCAGCAGAUAAGUUCAAGUGUCAGAGAAUAAAUUCUUCCUUAAGUUUGAAGAUAGCCCCAAAAAGGGAUAGUGGGAGCAGAUUUUUGGUUUUUGCUAUCUGCCUUGUGGCUGAUCUCACUCACUGCCAUCGCUUUAAAUAUCUUACUUGUAUUUGUGAGUACCACCUUACAGCCGCCGGUGGUGGUGAUUCUAAAAGCUACAUAAGUAAGAUAUCUUUCUUCGAUUGUUCUGAGCCAAAUAAGUACAAGGGUGAUCACGUAUUUAUUCUAUCUAGCAACGACAUGGUUGAAGAAGACAAGAAUUAUGAGGAGGCAUCAUUUAAGUUCUACAUCAUCAACAAUGAUGAUGAAGUUAAUGAAGAAGAAGACUAUAACAAGGUGGAAAGAUGUGGUGUUCAUGUAUUUUACGUGGAUGCUAUUGAAAAGAGAGUUGCUGGGAACAAAAGAAGCUUUAGCCAUGAUGGUGAAGAAGGGGAUGGAGGACUUAAAAGAUUGAAAUAGUUUGUAUUUCUUUCUAUCUUUGGCUCUGCUUUUGAGGAGUUUCAACUACUCAAUUAUGUCAUCCAAAUGCAUGGAUAUAGCAUAUAUUUCCAAGAACGAAAUUCUCCAUAUAUAUUAAUUAAUUUGGAGGAAAAUUGAACGGAAACUAGAGAUUUCAACAAAGUAGCAAAAUGAUUCUGGUUUGGAGUUGAUAAAAUAUCCAUCGGGGAUUUGGGACCAAUGGUGGACUCGAUUCAGCUUCAUUGUUUAGUUUCCAGCAUUGGUGUCAUCUGACGAGGGAAUGACAGGUCUUUGAGAAUGCCACUGCUGAAUUGGAGCUUUAGCCAUACAAGGAGGAACACCUGAGCUGUUUGUCUACACAAAUGCAGAGUAAUCUUUUGAGGCCAUUUCUAGGUUCUGGCAAUUCAGUCUUGGUGGAGAAAUCUCAAAACUUGUGAGAUGAACACAUGGAGCUGGAGGCAACCUUCGACAGUUUUCAUUCUCAAGCUAGAUUGAGUUAGUUUCAUGGUAGAGGCAUUGGAGUUGAUAUUUUCUUAUCUUGGAUUUUGAUUAUCAUAUCAGUUUGGGCUGAAAUUUCUUUGCAUGUUACUGCCUCUCAUGUUGUUUGAGCAUUGUAGUGCAGAGAUAUUAAGAUUCAUACUUGAAUUCUUUUUGGAAAUUGACUUGUUAUUGGUUGGUUUUGAUUCAUAGGAUCUGUGGUGGACAUCAGCUUAAAUUUUUGGGUAUUCGAAUUAUUUGUAUUAUUUGAAUUCAAAAACUCAACUUGAAUUAAACUCGAAAUUUGAAAAAAAA